GAAUAAUCGUAUUUGACUUCCAAAUUAGGGUCACCUCAGAUUAAUAUAUCAUUACAUGCGCAGAACAACAUCUAGAAAGUACGAACUUUCACUGGCAAAGCAGACAACUCUGUUUUUCGCGUCUCUCUCUCUCUCUCCCUCUCGCACGCACACACGCACGUACGCACGGCAAUCAGGAAGGAAAACCGACCAGGGAAUCUUUUGCUUACAUACACACUGCCUCGUGAUUCUUUCACUUCCAGGUUUUUGGGCUGUCAUAGCUUCCCAUCUUGAAAGAGAGAACGAAAAGGUUGUACAGGUUUCCUCAUUAGCAAUGACUAGUGACAUGUAUAAGGAGCGCAUAUCAGCAUUGUUGAAAGUUAUUCAAGCCACAAAAAUUGUCAAAGAGGAUAACAUUCCAUGCAAAAUUGAAGAGGGUCUUUACUUAGGCUCUUUGGGAGCUGCCAAUAACAGGAGUGCUUUGAAAAGCUUAAAUAUCACACACAUAUUGACGAUCGCCAUCUCACUGGCCCCUGCUCAUCCUAAUGACUUCAUAUACAAAAUUGUUGAAGUACCUGAUAGAGAAGAUAUCACUAUUACUCAGUACUUUGAUGAGUGCUUCGCGUUUAUAGAUGAAGCUAGAGCACGAGGAGGUGGCGUCUUGAUUCACUGCUUUGCUGGAAGAUCCAGAAGUGUGACUGUUGUUGUUGGUUAUCUGAUGUUCAAAAAUGGUAUGAGCUUUAUGGAAGCUCUGGAAUAUGUGAAGACAAAAAGACCAGUAGCAUCUCCCAACUGUGGCUUUAUGUUACAACUCCAGGAGUAUGAGAGAUCUCUUCGAGCAUCAAGGACUGGAACAGUGCUUGAACCUGAGAAGUGCUGCAGCUCUCUAUAGACGGUGUAUUAUGGCUACGAGACUGAAUAUACAUACUACAGAGGCAUAUUCUUUGCAGAUUUCAGAUUGAAAGGGCCGGCAUGCAACAGUUGGUCCACAGAAGCUGGCUGCUCCUUAUUGCUACCGCAUGGACCCUUUAAACUCUGUUUCAGCAUUUCAGAAUGAGCAGCAAGAUAUAGGCAUCAAACUGCUGAAUUAUUGUUGGGUUCUGCAUUCAGCUUAGAUGUAUUUCUUUUCCUCUUUCGGUCCAAUGUUAUAUCACAAACUGCAGAACUAUGAAGUACCUCUAAUGAGUUUUACAGGGAUUUUAAGUCAUUGAUCAAA